AUGACAUCCCGAAUCAACUCCCCUUCGGCGCUUUUGUUACUACCCCCUCCUUCAUCAUUCACUUUCGGCGGGGUCAAGGAAGCAUUUGAGGCCUCGGUAUCCGAUGCGUUCGUGCAGCUGUCCAAAGCCUUGGACGGCUCCAAUCGCAUUGCCACUCUCGACAUUGCUUUGCAAAUCCCAGGCUUGCUUUCUGCAUCCAACAGGCCUCGCAUAAAGAGCUUUGUCCAGAUGGAACGUUAUGUCGCCUAUGUCUAUACUUUGAUUCUGGCCGUGGGGACCACUCGAGAUAUUAAACUUGACUUGCCGGGUGGCAUCGAUGCACGUUUAGUAUUUGUUGAUCAUCCGUUAUCUGAUGAUGAGAUCCAGACUGGUUCAAAGAUCGGGCCAAUCCUUGACAUCCAGUCUCUGGCAACCUCGGGCCGACAGUGGGACCAUAUAUUCUUUCCAAGCAACCAACCCGGCCGGGAUUUGGUCGACUCCUUUCUUAGUAGUACCACCGGUUCAUCCAAGAAUCACACCGCAUCGAUCCUGCAGACAGUCUCCGCUGGAGACUGGUCAGCCCCGCAGUCUCUUCCGAUUCCUGAGGACCAGCCGUCCCUUCAGCCCCACUACUCGGUUGCAGUUGGAGGAACAUUCGAUCAUCUUCAUCUUGGUCACAAACAUCUCCUCACAGCAUUGGCGCUAGCCCUGGAGCCGCUAGAUCAUACUAAUCAGGAUCGAGAGAGGGUUUUGACGAUCGGUGUGACUGGCGCCGAUUUGCUAGUGAACAAGAAGUUUUCUGAAUACUUAGAAAGUUGGGAAGAGCGGUUUCAGCGCACCGCAGCCUUUCUGGCUGGCAUUAUGGAUUUCUCGGGGAAUAAAUCACCUCGAAUGGAACGCACCAGAACGGCGGAUGGCAAGGGACAGGUGGUGGUGAUACAAUACCAGCCCAACUUGAUCUAUAAGUUUGUGGAAUUCUUUGAUACCUGCGGCCCCACAGCAACCGAUGAGAACAUCAGUGCGUUGGUAGUAUCGCAGGAGACGUCAGCUGGAGGUGCAUUCGUCAAUGAGGAACGGGCCAAAAAGGGAUGGUCAAGACUUUCCAUUUUCGAAGUGGGUGUGCUCCUGGCUGGUGAAGCUAAGGAAAGCGCCAUCAAUUUCGAGAACAAGAUUGGCAGCACGGAGAUUCGUCGACAAUGUAUGGAAUCGGAUCGGGCCAAAAUCUAA